AUGCCUCCCGAGCUCAAGCAGGCCGAACUUCACCAUGGAGGACUGGCCCUGUGGUAUUUUGCCGAGUCGCUGGAAUGUUGCCAAAAGCACAUGAAACAGGCCGAGGCCGUCAUGCCGCCCCAGAGGAACGACCACAUCGAGCUAAGUCACAUGCAAGAUGAAAUCACCUUCUUGGCCCAGUCUAUGGCCAAGGCAAAGAGCGAAGCAGAGCUGAAUUCCCUUACGCAAGUCAUGCAGAAGGCGUGCGUCGAACAAGCUCGUUUGCAGACUGAGCAGGAGUCCACGCUCGCGAGGCGACAAGUCGGAUACCUCAACGCCCAGGAAGAAAUCGUCGAGCGCUACAUCCGCGAGAGGGAAGCUAUUGACAGUAAGCUUUCUGCCCUCAUGUGCGACAAGGAGUACGUAGCGGGUCUCAUGUGCGUGGGUUCGGAGAAGCCUGGGACCACUGAACAGGGUGUGUGGGGAGAUCAUGCUGCAGGCUUGCCGGCGAAAGAGACAGGGCGGAAGCGACUGAUGUCUGUGGGUUGUGCCGCGAAUGAGCGCAAGAGGCAAUGUUCCUCUCAACAGGAGACAAGUUUUUUCCAUGAUGACAGCGACUCGUCCCAGGAAGAGGACAGGGACGAAAGGGUUCCAGUUUAUAGAAAUCUCGAAAACACCUUCGAAUUUUAA